UAUAACUCACACCUACAAUGAUACAAAACCCAUGUCUCUCCUAUCUGAUGGGCUUUACUGGGGGAAGUUACUCUACUUGAUAAAGUUUGGUCAAAAUGGAUAAUAACAGCAAAUCAUCAAGAGAAUCAGUGUACUUGUCGAAGGAAAGCACAAGGUCAUCAAAGAUAGAGUACAUGAAUAUUAAGGUCUCUGACAGCAGAUCAGCAGAGAGAUCAGAUGUGCAUCCACCACAGACCGGUAGACGACCACUUCAGCAUCAACCCUGGAAAGGAGCUCAGUCAGAGGGGAAGAGCUUUGAGGUGAUAAUGGAAGAAAGUAUAGAUUGUCACCUGAGGAGCCCUGAAGAAUUAAGGCUUACUGUGAAACAAAUGACAAUUAGCCAUACAAAAAACAAGAUGUCUCAGGAUCCACAUCGUGGAAGGUCAAGUACCAUGGACCCAACAAAAAUUCCUGCCCUCUCCACCAUAAAGAAAACUACAGAUCAAUACAAAGACUAUGCCAAUAUGUCAAGUGCAAGACCUAGAAGGUUGCACCGAUCAAACUCCAUUACAGGAACUAAGAAAAGCUUGGAGUGUGUGAGGAUCGUCCUGAUUGGAAAAACUGGAGUAGGAAAGAGUGCAACAGGAAACACUAUCCUGGGACACAGUGCAUUUGAGUCUCGGGCCAGAAUGACUUCUACUACCAAGGUGUGUCAGAGAGAGAGUGGAAUUGCCUGUGGUCGAGCUGUGACAGUGGUGGACACACCAGGACUCUUUGACACCAGCCUCAGUAAUGAAGUGAUCCAGCAGGAGAUCAUGAGGUGUAUUGAGCUCUCGGCUCCUGGACCACAUGUGUUUCUGCUGCUCAUCUCUAUCGGCCCGUUCACACGAGAGGAGAGAGAAACCCUUGAGCUCAUCAAGAUGACCUUUGGACAGAACGCCCAGAGCUACACCAUGGUGCUCUUCACCAAAGGAGACAAUCUGGAUGACUCUAUUGAAGCAUACAUUAAAGAUGGAGAUUCACGUGUCAAACAGCUGAUCCACGACUGUGGAGGAAGAUUUCACGUGUUCAACAAUAAACAGAAGGACCCUGGUCAGGUCGUAGGGCUGCUGAAGAAGAUUGAUAAGAUGAUGUGGGACAAUAAAUCUAGUUUCUACAAUGAUCAAAUGUUUCAGGAGGUUGAGAAAGCAUUCAGACUAAAACAGAUUAACAGAGAGAAAGAGGAGGAGGUCAGACGAGAGAUGGAGGCCCUUAAAGCCAAACAUGAGUCUGAAAUCAAACAAUACAAAGAGAAACUGGAGGAAGAAAAAGCAAAAGGAAAAGUUCGAGAAUUUCUUCUCUUGGAGAAAGAGACCAAACUCUAUAAAAAAAUUCAAAGUGGAAAAAUAACAGAGGACAGUGGCACAACAGAAUCUGAACAAACUAAAGAUCAAUAUGUAUCUAAAGGUCAUGAAGAGGGGAUUAAGCAGGAAGAGAAUGAAGAAUUAAAAGAAGUAACAACAGAGGGAGAAUCUCAUCAAAUUAAAAAUAUGCACAGGCCAAGACUAAGAAAGAUUGGAUCAUUUUUAGAUCCUAAGGUAAAGGAAAAAUAUCAGAAGAGGAAGGAAAAGUGUGACAAAAAGGAAACUAAAAGUCCAGAAGUCAAAAGUGUAAAAAAAAAACACACCGAUCAGAAGAUCGAUGCAAAGCAAAAAAAAAGCUUGCAACCUGAAGGUCAGACUGACACAGAGAACCUAGAUAAAGAACUUUUUUUGCCUAAAAAUACUGAAGAUGAGAUCCAUCUGAAUAAAAAUAAACUUCUGCAUGAGCAGUAUUUGGCAAUGGAGCAAUGUAAGCAGAAGAUGGAGGAGAUCAAGAAUAGAUAUAAAGAGAUUGAAGAGAUUCACGCUGAAGAACUCCGAAAAAUGAAAAAGACACAUGAUGAAACUAUUACUGCUUGGAAAAAGGAUCAUGGAAACUGUGUGCUUCAGUAAAUGACAUUGGUCAUACAGAUAAAAGCAAAAGACCUUUCAUAAAUAUGUUUAAAUACACUUGCAUUUACUCAGUUUCACAUCAACAAGAAAAGAAUAUUCAUUAUUAAAAUAACAAUGUUUUUAAUAUGCAUGUUAAGUGACAUUGAAGUUUACAGUUAACUUUCACGUUGCUC